AUGCCGGCGAAACCUCUGGGAAUGUACCACGUCCACGGUCCUAUUCUGGAAAUCGACAUGCAGAGAAUGGACUCUGGACAAAGUUUCAAAGGAGAGGCCGAAAAUCAUCUUAGCCAGCCAAUCAAAGCGCCUAUGUCUGAUUCAGAGUUCCGUCGCUUUAUGGACUGCAGUGGACGCAUCAUUCAAAUGUCUGAGUUUAAACGGAGUGUUUACAUGGGCGGUCUGGAGCCCUGCCUACGAAAAGUUGCUUGGCGUCUAUUGCUGAACGUUUAUCCAGCUGAGAUGACUGGCAAAGAGCGAAUCGCUCUGCUAGAGAGCAAGAGCCUCCAAUAUACUGAUAUGCGUGAUGCCUGGAAGAAAGCUUACCUAGAGGCUCGUCUCAUCGAGGAACAGCUGGCCAGCUUAGCACUUGUUAGUGUCGAUGUUGUAAGAACCGACAGAAGUAAGUCUAGAAUCACAACUCUCCAAAUUUGGUGCAUUCCCCUCAUUCACAUAAGCGGUGUGCUCCCAGCUUUCUUCUCUCAUUCACUCACUUUGACCCCUGAAAAUAAUUCUAGUAUUCCUAUACUUUCAUCGAUAACAUAA